AUGGAGUUAGACGUAUCGCCAGUUGAAAGUAUGGAUAUGGAAUACUCGGAUAAUUCGUCAGAAAAUAAAUACCUAUCGUGCAACAAUAAUGAACAAUACACCGUUAUUCGGAUUCCUCAGGAUACCGAGAAAUCUAGUAAACAUUCCUCAAAAAAGCAAUCAAAGCGGAGGAAAAAAAGCUCAAAUCAUUCUAGACCUUUACCCCGAAUUAUAGUUAAACCUUUACCUCCACCACCCUCUGAAACACGAGAAUGGACAGCAGCAACAUCAUGUACAGAAUCAGUUUCAACAUCAAAUAAGCCAUCGACUAUGAGGGAGGUGCUAGCUAGCAUACCAGGUUUUUGCCUUAAACCUAGGAAAAGAAGUGGUAAAAAAUUAUCAACAGCUGCUCAAUUGCAGCAAACUAGAGAGGGAUGCAUUGAUCUAGAAACGCCAGACUCAAUACUUGUAAAUACUAAUAUUAGAGCAUUGUUAAAUAAACACACUUUUUCAUUGCUACCCCCAUUAUAUCAAUGCAAACUUGGACAAUUGCUACCUAGUGUAGAUAGAAUAAGUACCUCAGGUCGUUUAAGUUCAUCUAGUCUCAAUAAUGAAUUUUUCGCCCGGGCCUGUCUGGAAUGGCAGGAGAGCCUUUCAGGAGGGGAAUUUACACCAGAAAACCAACAAAAAAUGAAGACUGAAGCUGAAAAGGAGAAAACAAAAAUUGAUCCGUGGAAAUUAAAGCAUUUUGAACCGUUUUGGGGAGAAAAAUCACGGAGGGACAAAUCAUCAGUUAGUGUGAAUUCUGAGAGACCUUCUCUUAAGACAACAAUAAAAUUAAGGCCUACUGCUUCGAUAACAAGUAGCAGUACAGUUCCUAAAGUAAAGAAAAGUAAAUCUUCUAGUAAUAGUAAGAGAAUGCGUUCAGUAGGAGCUGUGACACGUUCAUCAGCAAAAGCAGAGGAGGAAGAGUGCACUAUGCCAGUUAGCAAAUCUGUGGCACCUGUACCUGGUUUAUUGCCCUUAAAAUCUACCAAAGGUCACCAAGGCUAUGUUGAAUGCCAAAUGGACUUCAAUUUUUCAGAUUCAUCUGUGGCUAGAACUGAGGAUAACAUAUCUACACCAAUUGAUCCACUCCUUAUACCUGAUAGUGAUACUGGCAGUGAGUUAAAACAGGACUUAGAUAUGAGUGUUGUCAAAAUAGAGGAGACAUCUAAAGACUUUGAGGAGAAGUGUGUGGAGUCAGAUUUGCUAGGCACAAAAUUGAUAUGUAGUGAUGAUGAUGAAUACCAAUAUUCAAAGACAUUUGAAAAUCAAGCUUUUAAUAAGAAAUUUAGCAAUACAAAAGAUUCAGAAGAGUGCGAAAGCAUUAAACGAAUUAGUGAUGAGUAUGAUGACUACUCUUUUUCAAAGAAGCUAAAGUUAAGCAAUCAAGCAAAUGCAUUUCUCAAAAAUAGUAUUAAGCCAGCUAGUAACAACAGUUCUGAUAUUGAAACCCAUGAUAAUGCUGAACCAUGUAUUAAUUAUGACAAUGCUUACCCUGACCAAGAACUUGGAGAUACAAAUAGUGAAGACAGUAAAGCAACCAUCUCGGCCUAUGAAUAUGAUGAGCAAAGUGUAUCAUCUAUGUCUAGCUUGAAAAUAGAUAGUAUGAAUACUGCUACAAUGAAUGUUAUAGGCAGUCAAAAACUCUGCCCUGAUGAUUAUUCAGCAGAACAUGAUCAGGAAGCAAAUCAAAUUGUGGAAAAACAUGAUUAUAAUGAAAUAAUUGAUAUAAAUAAUGACAAUGUUCAAACUGAAGUUGAUAAAAAACUACCGGAUUUUAAUCAAGUAGUGGAUUGUGCACAAGUAGUAAAUACGGAUACUUCUAUAGCAGAUAAGGUGUUAUAUGAAAACAUAGAGCUAAUACACGAUAACAAAGGUCCUCCACAAGAGACUGUGGAGAUUUCCAAUGUAAAUGUCGAAGGAGCAGGCAGAAAAACACCUGAAAAAUGUAAAGAUUUACAAGACACACCAAAUUAUUAUGAUGAACAUUUUAAAGAUGCUGAGUCCUUCAUUCUUGAGACUGGAGGUUUACCCAUUAUAACAUCACAAAGCGAAGACGUUAAGUUUACAUCUCAACCAAAUUUUAUGGAAUUGACAUCAUACAUGAGUGAAUCAAAUGUCACUGCUAUUGUGACAAUGCCCAUCACUCAGACAACAUCUUUACCAAUGAUGGAAGUAACAAACACAUCUAUUGUAUCAUAUCCUGACGACAUGCAAGACCCCGCAAAACCCAAAAACUCAGCAAUAAUAUGGAAAACUGAGAAUGAAUGGGUGAAUAAUGAAAAUAUAAUUACCCUUCACAAUUUCACCAACAUGAAUACAGAUGCCACCAAAUAUGUUAGUGAAGAUUCCAAAACUAGUAUUGAAGAUGUGAAUAUAAAUGAUGAAAAUUGUAUGUAUAAAGAGGAAAGGGAUGCAAACUUUAAUAUGGAGUCUUCAAAUUCAUCAGAGAGUUGUCAAUCUAUGAAGGAGACAGUUUUAAAACAGGAAAUUGAAGCAACACCUAGCUUAGUAUCAAGCACAACUGUUGCUAAUCCACCUGUAAAUUCUACAACUGUAACACAUUCUGUAAGGUCCAGUGGAAAGAAAUCAAAGCUAGGAAAGGAGUCGAACAGGAGUCGCAGCUCAAAUAAGGUUCCACCUGGUGCAGUGAACCUUGAGCGAAGCUACCAGAUUUGUCAAGCAGUGAUCCAGAAUAGUCCAAACCGCGAUGCUCUAAGGAGUCAGCUACGGCCACCACCAGCUCUACUAACUAGACCAAAUCGACAGCCGCGACCCCCUCCGCCAGUACUCGUAAGACAAGUCUCCAGUGCAGUCAUACAGCAUAACGAGAUUAAUGAAAACAGGUCAAACAAUAUGGGUCAAUACAUCCUUGUGCAAAGAACACCGAAUGUUGCACCCAGAGCGUCUAGUGCACCGCCAACUAACCCAAACAGCAAUGUUAACGUAACCAGAUGCAGAAGCGUAGGCGCAGAGGAGUCAUGCGUUUGCAAUUUGCGAGCGAUGAUCUUAUGCAAGAAGUGCGGUGCAUUUUGUCACGACGAUUGUAUCGGUUCGGCAGAACUGUGCCUUACCUGUCUGAUUCGUUGA